AUGGCAUUCUUCGGCGGUCUAAGUGGAUGGUCAGGAUCCUCCUGGUCAGAAUGGUCUGGACUCGGGUCCGAUUCCGAUUCUGAAUCUGAACCAGAUACCGCGACCACCACCACCCCAGUAGUCCAAACAUCAUCGACAUCCACACCUAAUCCUACGACAGCUACAGCUACGGUAGUUCAGCAGGUAACAACCACGGCUGUAUCCAUCGUUACACCGUCUACCACAGCGUCGACCCCUAAAGCAGUGGCUAUCACUCAAACGUCCAAACCUUCUUCUGGCGCGGUACCUUCUACAACUGCUAAAAAUAACGCACAGACCUCGCAGCAGCAACAGCAGGCAUCGCAAGUCUCACAAGUUGGCAGUUCCUCCAUUGCUGGUGCCCAACCCUCCUCUUCCACCUCAAGACCCUCAUCAUCAUCAUCAGCAACACCGUCAUCAUCGACCAACUCUACAAAAGAUGUAGGUGACAUACCGGGUGAUUGGAUCUAUUUCGGUUGUGUACCGAACAACAACGGGAUGCCAGCGUUGAAUACCACUUAUGCAACUUCCGACGAACUUACGCCGGUGUUGUGUAUAACAGCUUGUGCAGCUUCGCAAUAUCAUUAUGCUGGACUUCAAAACGGUAACGCCUGUUUCUGCGGUUCGACCAUGACCACCUCAUCCAUCUCAUCCUCUUCUUCCUCAUCCUCGUCAUGCAAUAUGGAUUGUACAGGUGAUCCAUCGGGAUCUUACAAAUGCGGCGGUCCAUCUUCAAUGUCAUUCUAUCAUCUAAAAUCAAUCGAUCCAAACUCUUCAUCAUCCCAAAACCAAUCUUCCUCCUCUUCAACCAACAUAGAUGGCCAGUAUGGAGACAGUGGAUCAGGGACGGUAGUGGUGUCUUUACCGGAAUUUACCGGUACAUUGAUGGAGUAUGGUGAUCCGAGAUUCAGGAGUGGUAAAGACGGGGUGGUAUUCGGUGAGAUGUUCAAAAUUUCUUCUUCCUCUUCACGAUAUAGGCCAGAUCUAAAUACGAAGCUUGAGGGUUUAGGAUGGGUGAUACUGCUUGGCUGGGUUGGUCUGAGGAUAUUGCGGUGA